AGCCUCUGCUCCGGGAUGCUAGGCACAUUCAAGUCUGAUGAUGGGGACUAUUUUGUAGAGCCACUCCUAUCGCUUGAGGAACAGGAGUAUGAAGAAGAGCACAAUAAACCACAUCUUGUCUACCGACACCGGAUACCUCCAACCAACUCUUCAGGGGACAGGCAGACUUGCAAUACUCCAGAUCAUGACCACAGUCACAAAAAGAACAAGCGGAAACACUGGAGAAGGCAGUGGGCAGAGAGCAGCAUAUUAUCUGACGUGGAGACGUUGAAACACAGCCUGGAAGUGAAUUAUUUUUCUGAGGACAGCAAUAAAACGGGGACCACUGGUGAAAAGAAGAGCCACAAGCGAACAAAGCGGUUCUUGUCCUACCCACGUUUUGUGGAGGUGAUGGUGGUGGCUGACAGCAGGAUGGUCGCCUACCAUGGAGCCAACCUACAGCACUAUGUCUUAACCCUGAUGUCAAUAGUGGCUUCUAUCUACAAAGACCCAAGCAUUGGAAAUUUAAUUAAUAUUGUUAUUGUGAAAUUGGUCGUGAUACAUAAUGAGCAGGAUGGCCCUGCAAUAUCUUACAAUGCCCAGACAACAUUAAAAAACUUCUGCCAAUGGCAGCAGUCCCAAAACCACCCAGAGGGAAGUCACCUUCGGCAUGAUACAGCCGUGCUUGUUACCAGACAGGAUAUUUGUAGAGCGCACGACAAAUGUGAUACUCUGGGUCUGGCAGAGCUGGGCACAGUCUGUGACCCCUACAGGAGCUGUUCAAUUAGUGAAGAUAACGGACUGAGCACUGCUUUCACAAUAGCACAUGAACUUGGCCAUGUAUUUAACAUGCCACAUGAUGACAAUCACAAGUGCAAGGAAGAUGGAGGUAAAAAUCAACAGCAUGUCAUGGCACCAACACUGAACUUCUAUACCAAUCCCUGGAUGUGGUCAAAAUGCAGUAGGAAAUACAUCACUGAAUUUCUGGACACUGGUUAUGGGGAGUGUUUGCUUGAUGAACCUUCAUCAAGAACUUACACAUUGCCUCAGCAGCUCCCAGGGCUGAUUUAUGACGUCAACAAACAAUGUGAGUUAAUUUUUGGACCCGGAUCCCAAGUGUGCCCCUAUAUGAUGCAGUGUCGGCGACUUUGGUGUAUCAACGUCGAUGGUGCUCACAAAGGAUGUCGAACCCAGCACACACCUUGGGCUGAUGGGACAGAAUGUGAGCCUGGAAAGCACUGCAGGUUUGGGAUGUGUGUGCCCAAGGAGCGAGAGGCGCCGGUGACAGAUGGAGCCUGGGGCACCUGGAGCCCCUUUGGGACCUGCUCGAGGACCUGCGGUGGUGGCAUAAAGACGGCGAUUCGAGAGUGCAACAGGCCCGAACCCAAAAACGGUGGGAAAUACUGUGUGGGACGCCGCAUGAAGUUUAAAUCCUGCAACACGGAGCCGUGCUCAAAGCUGAAGAAGGAUUUCCGGGAUGAGCAGUGUGCCGAAUUUGAUGGGAAGCACUUCAACAUCAACGGGCUGCCCACAAACGUGCGCUGGGUUCCCAAAUACAGCGGCAUCCUGAUGAAGGAUCGGUGCAAGCUGUUCUGCCGGGUGGCGGGGAGCACAGCCUAUUACCAGCUGCGGGACCGCGUCAUCGACGGGACGCCCUGCGGCCCCGACACCGACGACAUCUGCGUGCAGGGCCUCUGCCGGCAAGCUGGAUGUGAUCAUGUGCUGAAUUCAAAAGCAAGAAGAGAUAAAUGUGGUGUUUGUGGUGGGGAUAAUUCUUCAUGCAAAACUGUUGCAGGCACAUUUAACACGGUGCAUUAUGGUUAUAACAUUGUGGUUCGCAUCCCAGCUGGUGCCACUAAUAUUGAUGUGCGUCAGCACAGUUACUCAGGGAAACCAGAGGAUGACAACUACCUGGCCUUAUCUAACAGUCAAGGAGACUUUAUAUUAAAUGGAGACUUUGUCGUCAGUAUGUUUAAAAGGGAAAUCAAAGUUGGGAAUGCUGUGAUCGAAUACAGCGGCUCCGAUAAUACUAUUGAAAGGAUUAAUUCCACAGAUCGGAUUGAGCAAGAAAUAACACUUCAGGUUUUAUCAGUGGGCAAUUUGUACAAUCCUGAUGUUCGUUACACAUUCAAUAUCCCUAUUGAGGACAAGCCUCAGCAGUUUUACUGGAAUGAGCAUGGCCCAUGGCAGCCCUGCAGUAAGCUCUGUCAAGGAGAACGAAAAAGAAAGCCUGUGUGUAAGAGAGAGUCAGAUCAGCUCACAGUGUCAGACCAGCGAUGCGAUCGAAUUCCCCAGCCCGACCCCACCGCCGAGCCUUGUAACACAGAAUGUGAAUUAAGGUGGCACAUCGCGAGGAAGAGCGAGUGCACGGCACAGUGCGGGCUGGGCUACCGCACCCUGGAGAUUUACUGCUCCAAGUACAGCAGGCCGGAGGGCAAGAUAGAGAAGGUGGAUGACCGCUUCUGCAGCAGCCAGGCCAAGCCCAGCACGAGGGAGAAGUGCACUGGGGACUGUAACGUGGGAGGAUGGCGGUACUCAGCCUGGACUGAGUGCUCCAAGAGCUGCGGCGGGGGCACGCGGCGGCGGCGAGCCAUGUGUGUCAACACCUACAACGACGUCCUGGACGACAGCAAGUGCAGCCAGCAGGAGAAGCUGACAGUGCAACGGUGCAGUGACUUCUCGUGCCCACAGUGGAAAACUGGUGACUGGUCUGAGUGCUUGGUCACCUGUGGAAAAGGGCACAAGCACCGCCAGACGUGGUGCCAGUUUGGAGAAGAUCAGUUGAACGACAGGUUUUGUGACCCCAAGACAAAGCCGGAGUCGGUGCAGAUGUGCCAGCAGCAGGAGUGUGCCUCGUGGCAAGUGGGGCCGUGGGGCCAGUGCACUGUGACUUGUGGCCAAGGCUACCAGAUGAGAGCAGUGAAGUGUGUCGUGGGCACCUACAUGUCAGUGGUGGAUGAUAAUGAGUGUAAUGCUGCAACCAGGCCUACAGAUACCCAGGACUGUGAAAUAGCUGCAUGUCCUUCCCAUCCAAAUAGUCCCGAAGCCAAGAGAGCCAUAUCAGGCAUUCACAGGACACAGUGGAGAUUUGGAUCCUGGACGCCGUGUUCCGCAACCUGCGGAAAGGGAACCCGGAUGAGAUACGUCAGCUGCCGGGAUGACCAGGGCUCUGUGGCUGACGAGUCAGCUUGUUUCCACCUUCCAAAGCCAUCAGCCACAGAAAUGUGCACCGUGACACCGUGCGGGCAGUGGAAAGCCUUGGAGUGGAGCUCUUGCUCGGUGACUUGUGGUCAAGGUAAGGCAACGCGACAAGUGAUCUGCAUCAAUUACAGUGACCAGCUGGUGGAUAGGAGCGAGUGUGACCCAGAUGACCUCCCUGCCACCGAGCAAGACUGCUCCAUGUCUCCUUGUCAUCCAAACAGCCAUGACUACGGCAGGCCCAUCCCCCCUUUCCUCUAUCCAGAUCAUCGCCUCAAACCGCCCCCUGGGGGCAGCCCUAACCGAAACCGUGCACAUAUACCGGGAGGCAAUCAGUGGAGGAUUGGCCCCUGGGGUGCUUGCUCUAGCACAUGUGCAGGGGGGUUCCAGCGGCGGGUCGUGGUGUGCCAGGAUGAAAACGGAUACACCGCAAAUAACUGUGAUGAGAAAAGCAAACCCAUGGAGCAGAGAUCGUGCGAAUCUGGCCCCUGCCCUCAGUGGGUCUAUGGCAACUGGGGAGAGUGCACAAAGCCAUGUGGAGCAGGGACAAGGACACGGCUGGUGGUGUGCCAGCGCCCUAAUGGAGAAAGGUUUACGGAUCUGAGCUGUGAAAUCCUUGACAAGCCACCAGACAGAGAGCAGUGCAAUGUGCAGGACUGUCCUAGAGAUGCUGCCUGGAGUGCUGGUCCGUGGAGCUCGUGUUCUGUCUCCUGUGGAAGGGGCCAAAAGCACCGCAGUGUGUACUGUUUGUCAAAGGAAGGGAGGCAUGUAGAAGAAGAGAAUUGUAAACACCUUGCUAAGCCCAACGUGCAAAAGAAAUGCAGAGGGGGCAGAUGUCCGAAGUGGAAAGCAGGAGAUUGGGGCCAGUGCUCCGUGUCCUGCGGCCGGGGCGUCCAGCGCCGCUCCGUGCAGUGCCACAGCAGCACCCCGAAGGCAGCCGAGGAGGCCGAGUGUGACCCGGCCAGCCGGCCACCCCCCCAGCGGGACUGUCACCUCCCCGCGUGCCCCACGCACCGCUGGGCAGCCGGAGAAUGGCAGGCGUGCACAAAGACGUGCGGGGAGGCGUCCCGGUUCCGCAAGGUGUUCUGUGUGGAUGAGGACAAGCAGCUGCAGAACAGCGGCUACUGCGACGGCAGCACACGCCCCCCCGAGAUGGAGAGCUGCAGGCUGCCCCCCUGCGAGUACAUCUGGAUCACGGGAGAGUGGUCAGAGUGCUCCGUCACCUGCGGCAAGGGCUACAGGCAGCGCCUCGUGUCCUGCAGUGAGAUUUACACCGGGAAGGACCACUACGAGUAUGGGUACCAGAACAUGGUCAACUGUCCUGGCACACAGCCCCCCAACAUCCAGCCCUGCUACCUCGGAGAGUGCCCCAUCUCAGCCUCCUGGCGUGUCGGCAACUGGGGAAGCUGCUCUGUCACCUGUGGAGUUGGGGUCAUGCACCGCUCAGUGCAGUGUUUGACCAAUGAUGACCAGGUCAGCAGCUUGUGCUAUGUGGACCUGAAACCUGAAGAGAGGAGGACAUGCCACAAUGUCCAUGACUGUGAAUUACCAAGGAGUUGCAAAGAUGUUAAAAAUCUUGAAGGUGUCACUGAGGAUGGUGAAUAUUUCCUGCAAGUCAAAGGAAAGACAUUAAAGGUGUAUUGCUCUGGGAUGCAGACUGACAGCCCAAAGGAAUAUGUGACCCUUGUAAACGGGGAUGCAGAGAAUUUUUCAGAGGUGUAUGGAUACAGAUUGCAUAACCCGACCGAGUGUCCGUUUAACGGGAGCAGACGAGAAGACUGCCAGUGUAGGAAAGAUUACACAGCAGCUGGGUUUUCCACCUUCAGCAAAGUAAGGCUGGACCUGAACACUAUGCAAAUAAUAACAACUGAUUUACAGUUUGCACAGACACAUGAUGGACGACCUGUUCCUUAUGCCACUGCUGGGGACUGCUACAGUGCUGCCAAAUGCCCGCAGGGUCGCUUCAGCAUAGACCUGUAUGGGACAGGCUUGUCCCUAAUGGGAACAGCCAAGUGGCUCUCACAAGGGAAUUACGCUGUGUCAGAAAUUCAGAAAUCCCCAGAUGGUACCAAAGUAGUAGGAAGAUGUGGUGGUUACUGUGGGAAGUGCACUCCAUCAUCUGGAACAGGCCUCGACAUUCAGGUGUUAUAGCAGUGGUUCUCUGGGAGCAGCCAAAGGAGAUGAGAGAUGGAUGAAGGAUAGUGAUGCAAUACCUCUGCCUUCCACUUUUAUAUCUGUGUAUAUGUGUAUAUAGA